GAUGACGUCAGAACUCCGCGACUUUAGUUUUGGUGAACUUAUUCAGACGCAAACGUGACAGUAGAGCUGGCAUGUUAAGAGCAUAUUGAUUUUAUAAAUAAAAAACAUCAGUUGAGAGUUAUUAUUGAAGCCAAGAUGAGUGCGUCAAUGCCGCAGAAGCGUUACUACAGGCAGCGAGCACAUUCAAAUCCGAUGGCGCACCACACGUUUGAUUAUCCUGUGUGUCCAGAGGAGAUGGACUGGGCCACGCUGUAUCCGCACUUCUGUUCCGAGCACCAGUCUAAUGAGGAAAGGACACCACAAGUUGAGUUUGCAGACAUUGGCUGUGGAUAUGGUGGACUUUUAGUGGAGUUAUCUCCACUUUUUCCAGACAAGCUCAUGCUGGGCAUGGAGAUCCGGGUGAAAGUGUCUGAUUAUGUCCAGGAUCGUAUCAAGGCUUUACGUGAAUCCAAACCAGGAAGCUACCAGAACAUUGCUUGUAUUCGCAGCAACGCCAUGAAAUACCUUCCGAAUUUUUUUUUCAAAGGACAGCUCAGUAAGAUGUUCUUCCUUUUCCCGGACCCUCAUUUUAAAAAGACCAAGCACAAAUGGAGGAUCAUCAGUCCCACAUUGUUGGCAGAGUAUGCCUAUACCUUGAGAGUUGGGGGUUUGGUCUACACCAUCACAGAUGUGGAGGAGGUCCACCUUUGGAUGGUGAAGCACUUCAGUGAACAUCCAUUAUUCACACGGGUCCCUGAUGAAGAGCUGGCUGAUGAUGUCAUCGUGUCCCGUUUGGGAACUUGCACAGAGGAGGGAAAGAAAGUGCAGAGAAACAGAGGGAAGAAUUUUCUCGCUGUUUUCCAGCGGAUUGAUUCAAUGUCAUGCUAAAACAUCUGACCAUUUGACUACAACGACAACGGAAUAACAAGACUUUUGCCUUUAUUUAAGCGAUAGUUUGGAUUUUUUGACAUGAAGUUGUAUGACAUCCCCAUCAGCAUUGUAGUCCAAUAACAGCGACUUACCCGCCAUUUGGUCUCCUAAGUCCAGUUCUGGUCAGAUUUCUGUGAUGAAGAACGUAGUUCCGCUUAGUUGCUGGGGACAAUUAAGUAAAGAGUUUGGCUUCUCAAAACAGUAUGCUUUCAAAAGAUGAAUACAUUUGCAUCACAGAAAUGCCUUCUCAAAAAAUCAGAAACGCUCUGCGUUAUAUUUGUCUCCCGCCGUAUACCUGCGCCCUGUCGCCUGUGCGUUCAUGUGUAUUUGACGAAGACAAAUAUAACGCGUGUUUUGUGAGGUCUGAUUUUUUUGAGAAGGCAUUUUUGUCUUCUGAUGGGAGAUGCCAUACAACUUCAUGUCAAAAUAUCCGAACUAUCCCUUUAACACUUUACAACAGCAACAACACAAAGAAUGCAGCCCUUUUGCUCUGACAGAGGUCGUCACACUGUUGUUGCAGCAUGAGACUGUCAUAACUCAACUUGUUUUGUGUAGUGUUUUGCUUUUUAAAUGAUUUUUAAACAAAAAACUUUUUUUUUUUAAACUGCUCUUUCUGUUUUUUUGUUAAGUCAGUCAUUUAGUUUAAUCAUUGUAACACACUCCCAUCAGUGAGCAAUAAAAAGCAGGUAAAUCAUAAAAGUCAGAUUUGAGUUUUCUGGCAAAGUUUUUGGCGUUUAUCACCUUAGUGAGAAACCUCCAAUACUGAUACAGAGAUACUACUUGUCCAUCCCACCACUUUUCUGACAAUUUCUGUCUUGCCACAUUGGAUCAAACUUGCACGCUGAAUAUAAGCAUGCCAUGUUAGCCUAUGUCUACCUUUAUGUUGUAGUGCAGCAGACAGAGCUUGUCUGAAGUAGCUGAUCUCUGAGGUGCUCUCCGUAGACAUUAAAUAAUGUCUGUGCUAUUUUACAGCUUGGUAAUUUUGUCUGUCAGGAGUUUGGAAGUAUUUGCUGCUGCAGGCGAUAUGAUUAAGAACGGGACAGCACAUGCCACACAUAGAAAAUGGUGCUUUAGUGUUAAAUUGAAUAUUGUAUCAUCAUAAUGCAAUAUUUUCUUUAAUAUGUCAUCUUUCAUUCUAUAAAAUUGUGGAAUUGCCAUUUGUGACAUGUAUUUUCUCACAGACAAUUCAUACUGUAACGUUUGCAACAUUUCUUGAAAUGCCGGCUUUGCAACCGUAUUCAAGAGCAGCAUUUCUAUUGCAAUGACUUUCUGUGAACACACCCCAUUUUGCACUGUUGGCAUUUAUUUUGCCAACCAAAUGUCUCAGUGAGUGUUGACUGUCAGGACAAUCCCAGAUGGGAAAACUGGGUCAGGUGGAUAUGUUUGACGUGGGCAAGUUCAUUUUGUUGCCUAUUAUGCUGCUACCAAUUUAGAGCGCUAGCAACUUCGCUAGCACAUCUCUCUUAGGGCCCUAUGAAGUCUGUUUUAUUUUUCCCAAAUUCUGUUUUCUCCAUUAAAAUUUUUUAAAAUUCAGUUUUACCUUUUCCACUUAUUUUACCAGCAUAGAGUGUGUGCUUUUUGGGUUCGUGAAUAAAAUGUCCAUGAAUGAAAUGCAAAAAUCCUUACAUUUAUUGAUGCAAGACAUCAUUGGCCCAUUUUGUCCAGUCAUUGAGAAAUGGAUGUAGUUUAGCUAACUUUUCUAAUGGGAUGUCAGCCUCGGCACAUAUUGCUACAAAAUCUUCAACAAACUGUAAUGCCCGUGUGUGUGAUUAAGGAAGAUGGAGUCACAGAUUUAAUUCCAAUCGCGUUAUUAAUGUAAGAUAUUUUAAUGACACCCUUAUUUUGUUUACACAAUUAGACAAAUGUGACAUUGAACGCUCUUAUUUUGAAGGCCCGAAUGUGUUGUGUGUGUUGCAAAUGGCAGGUGACGGUUGAUACGCGUUGGGUGCGAGAAUAAACGUGCCUCUCGUCUCUUUUUAACUCCGGGCACAGUGAGAGGGAACCACCGCUGUCGCUACGGAGCCGAAUAUCCAACGUGAGACUAACUUCACUACGGUACACCACGGACAUGUCUGCAUGGUGGUGUUGUAUUUUCUUCUUCUUGCGGGUAGCACGGGUCGAGUGGCAACCAGCUUUGAGGGGCAUUACAGAACCUACCAUGUUGGAGUGUCGCUCAGAGUCACGAACGUGAUACGGCAACCGGAUAGGCCCGAUCUGGUGGCGGAAGCCGAUAUUAUCCGAGCUUCACAAAUACAGUGGAUGGGACCGGGACAUCCCUAAAUAACACCUUUGUAAUUAAUGUGUGAGGUGAGGUUGGUGACACUUCACUUCACAGAGGUGAAUGAUUGUGUUAUAGUUUCUUUUUGGUGUAGACAUUUGUAGACGGCCCCUGCUGUCUGGUCUUGCUGCUGGCAUCCAUGUGUGUCCUACUGCACAGAGGACUGCUUGUUUUGAUUUUUUUUUUUUUAAAUGAUUGUAUUGUUUAUUGUUCAAUAGAUUUAUUGUUUGCUGUCAAACGUUUGUUUGGGAUUUAUUGAUCUAAUCUGUGAAUAUAUUUCUAACUUUAUCGCAGUGUGAAUCUGAAAGUAUUUGUGUGUGGCUUUGCAAGGUGGGAAACUAGUGCCAAAAGUCACGUGACAGUGGUAAGAAUGUGCCAGGAUAUAAAAAAGGAUAUUUUUUUGUAAUUGAAGAAAUAUGUUUCUAUUGUAUGUGUAAAACAUGCUGUAUUUGUUUCUGAAGCCGGAUGUAUUUUUUUUUGAUAGGUGCAUUUCUUAUUUGAAAACAAAAUGCAUUAGUCUGUGAUGGAAGUUUUGUAUUUGCAAACCACACUGUUUGUUUAUGAACCGUUGGGUGUGAGUAAAACAUAUUUUGUGUGUUUGUGAGGUUUUGGCAUGAUUUUAACUUAUACAAGCCCCUCUGUUCAGGCUAACGAUGUUGCGCUACCUACCAGUCUGCGUCCGGACUUGACACACCUUCCCCCGGCAUAUCCAUGCAUAGUUCUCGCUUGCAAUCUUGUGUCUCUUUGGUUUCGUCAUUUCUGGUUACCAUGAAACAUUUUUAUUCUGUGAUCGCCUUCCUUGUGGAGACUCUGCCUUGUUCAAGACAGUAGCUCCACCUAGUUUUUAAACUAAGAAGUAUAAAACAGUUAAGUACAUGUUGUGCACGUACAAUAGGCAAUUAUAUAUUUGAGACUUUGAUACAGGCCAAUUAAAAAAGAGAUGGGGGUCAUGUUAGGCCUGCGGGCCGUAGUUUGGACACCCCUGGGCUAGGGUUUAAACCAAUGCACAGGGUGAACUCUCUUCCUGCCUGUUUGGAAGCAAGAGAUGAGGAAAACAGACACAUACUGUAUGCACAUGGCAAUAUAUUGAGGCUAGCAAAAUUAUCAAGUUCAUUUUUAUUGUGAUUAAUGAAUUUAUUAUUAUUUUUUCUCAACACUUCUACUUAUUUAACAACAGAACAUUUGGUUUCAUUUCGAGCAGUGGUAGACGUGUCUUGUAACAGGCACGGGCACUUAAAAAAAACAUUCAUGAUGUUUUCUGGGAUUCGUGUACGUGUGUGCUGAUUUUAAAGAAAAUGUACACGUCACUGUACCACUAAUAUCUGACUGUAUUG